AUGGGCGAGCUCCGACCGACGUUCAAAGGACCUUGCUAUGUUGCCCCCUACGAAACUACUGCUCCGUAUCUGGAGACAGGCAGUCCUAAAACUGGGUGUAAACAAAGACCUCCUGUAUGCAGCCCCCCUACAGACAUUAGCAUUUCACACGACAGAUAUGUGCCUCGACACAUGGAUCCGACAUGGCAUUCUCCACGUAAACACCCUAUUCGAUAA